AAUUGUAAAUUGGACUACUUUAGUAGGGUUUGUGGUAGUGUGUCACAGUCACUAAUUAUAUAAAUAGAAAAGUGUUGGUGUGAGGCGAAUUGUUUAUUCGCUGUCCCCCAAAUCGUGACAUUUAAUCACUUGCUAGCUAUGACGGCGACGAAGAUACAAGACGCUGUUUCCGAUGACCUCAACUACGAAACCUGGGCUCCGAUCGUGAAAGCUACACUAACGGAGAAAGGACUUUGGGAUGUCGUCGAAAACAGAAUCCCGCCAGAUCCAACGAAGAAUCCAGAGCUAGCGGCGAAGAUUCAACCGGAAGAGCUUUCGAAAUGGAGAGAUCUCGCCGUGAAAGACAUGAGAGCGCUCCAGAUCUUGCAAUCUUCACUCACAGACUCAGUUUUCAAGAAGACUCUCUCGGCUUCGUCGGCCAAAGAUGUUUGGGAUCUGCUCGAUAAAGUUGUCAUACCGCGGUGCUUUCUUCCGUAUCCUCCUGCGUUUCGAGUUGAUAUUGAAGCGAUACGUGCAGUGGGUCCGUAUAUUUGGCCAAGCGCUUUACAGAGGAAAGGAGGUUGUCCUAGAAAACAACAAGCUCCUCGACCGACAGCUAACACGAUGGGGAGACUUAACUUGGAUGUUCCCAAUGUGUCGGCUCGCUAUCGUCAAGCAUCCAGUCCGCCUGCACCUUCUCCACCUCCUCGUCUUGAGGUCCAACCCGAGACUCGUCCUUCUGGGUUUGACUCGUCGCGAAGAUCUCCUCCAGCUUCACGCGAUUCGCGUGUGGCUGAGAUUCGAGCUGGCAAAAGGCCGGUGCCGUGCUCAUCUCCCCUCCCACCGAAUCUCCUAGCUCUUCCCGCAGGAGCUGAUUCCCAAGGGGAAAAGCCUGCGGGUGACUCCAGCCGUCGGAAGGAGCACUCCUCGCAGAAGAGGACAGAUCGAUGUCUAGAUCGAUCGGAUCCGUCGAAGCGGUAGAGGACCGCGGAUUAUUG